GAACUAGAAGAACUGCAUUUGAUACGUGGACACAGAACUGUCAUCGGGGGUGUUGGCUUAUUACCGAUUCCGCAAAUAAUAUUUAGUUAUCCCCGACAGUGUAUUUGUUUACUCGUUCUUGAAUAGCCAACCGGCCAAUUUGGUUGGGUAUCUAUAAGAGGCAAAUUUGCGUUUAUCUUUUUCAAGAUGACGACUUCCAAUGAGUUCUCCAAUCCGCUCAGAAAAUUCAAGCUGGUGUUUCUCGGCGAACAGUCUGUUGGGAAAACAUCAUUGAUUACAAGGUUUAUGUACGACAGUUUUGAUAACACUUACCAAGCCACUAUUGGAAUAGAUUUUUUGUCAAAAACAAUGUACUUAGAAGACAGAACUGUUAGGUUGCAACUUUGGGAUACUGCCGGCCAGGAGAGAUUUCGCAGCCUUAUACCUUCAUACAUCCGUGACUCUACAGUAGCUGUGGUAGUUUAUGACAUAACAAAUGCAAAUUCCUUCCACCAGACGUCCAAGUGGAUCGAUGAUGUCCGGACAGAAAGAGGAAGUGAUGUGAUAAUUAUGUUGGUUGGAAACAAAACCGAUCUCUCAGACAAACGGCAGGUUUCGACUGAGGAAGGGGAGCGAAAGGCGAGGGAACUUAACGUCAUGUUUAUUGAAACAAGCGCCAAGGCUGGCUAUAACGUUAAACAGCUCUUCCGACGCGUUGCUGCCGCCCUACCCGGUAUGGAAGCGGAUAAGAAACCACCAGAAGACAUCACGGAGAUCGAUUUGAAUAACGCACCGGUGGAGACGAAACCUGCAGAGGGCGGCUGUGCAUGUUAAUAAAAAAAAAAUUUAAGAUUAAGAAAUCUUUUCUUCUCUCCCUUAAACACUACUUUUCGUCGUUACACGACUCCUAAUUAAGAGCAAUAGUUUUGGGCUUUGUUAACUCUUGUCCUAUGUAAGCGCAAGAGAGGCGAAACGAAAAAUAUUUAUUCUUAUGAUUUUUUGUAUCUCUUUUUGCCUGAUUGGUAAGAACGGGUUUGAAAGCCUUAAAAAAAAGGUUGGUAACGGACCAACAGAAAAUGAGAAAGGAAUUAUUUUGGUAGCUUUACAUCGUGAAUGCUUAUAUACAGCCCCUAUCCUAGCACUUAACAAUUUCAGAAACUCUGAAUUUUUUUUCCAUUCCCACUUGGUCUUUAAUAGUUUUUAUCCAAUAAUUGGGUCUUCCUAAAUGUUUCAAGUUGUUUAUCAUUCACAUUAAGCAAAAGAAAGCUAAUAUGGGAGAUUUAUGUCCCUUAGAAUCGCCCUGGAAUGCGUUUUCUCUCUGUUUCCUUUUUUCCCUCUUAUUUUCCUUCUUGAAACAUUAAAAAAACUGAAUGGCAUGUUUGAUUCUGUUUAAGUCACGUUUGAACGUGACACUCACCUGACUAUGUCCUUAUAAUUGUCGUGUGUGGAUCAUAUCAUCUUAAUACACCGCUUGCUUUUCUUCCUGCCCAAAGUAGACAAAC